AUGUCGCCCAUCUCCGUCUUCGCCGCCAACAACACGGCCCUCAUCACCGGCGGCGCGAGCGGCAUCGGCCUCGCCGUCGCACAGCUCUGUCUCAAGCACAGCAUGCGCGUCGCCAUUGCCGACUGGAAUGCCGAGACCCUCGCCAAGGCGGAAGAGACGCUCGGCGGGCGCGGCAAGGUCGACACGUACCAGACGGACGUCUCGAAUCCGGAGGCUUGGGCGAAGCUGAAGGGCAGUGUGUUGGAGAAAUUCGGCGUCGGGAGCGUGGAUUUCUUAAUGCUGAACGCCGGCGUGGGGAUGAAGGGGACGUGGGGGGAUGCGGAGUACUUUGAGAAGACCCUCUCCACCAACCUCUUCGGCGUCAUCAACGGCCUCAACGCCUUCGUCCCGGCCAUCCGCUCCGCAAACAAGCCGUCCGCCAUCGUCAUCACCGGCAGCAAGCAGGGCAUCACCAACCCGCCCGGAAACGCCGCGUACAACGCGUCCAAAGCCGCCGUCAAGACGCUCGCCGAGCACCUCGCCUUCGACCUGCGCGCCGACGCACCCGCCACUUCCGUCCACCUGCUCGUGCCCGGCUGGACCUUCACGGGCAUGACCGCCGGCGGCGGCGUCGUCAAGGAGAAGCCGGCGGGCGCGUGGUCGGCAGAGCAGAUCGCCGGGUACAUGUACCAGAAGAUGGGGGAGGAUAAGUUCUAUAUCAUCUGUCCGGAUAAUGAUGUCAGUGAGGAGACGGAUAAGAAGAGAAUGCUGUGGAGCGUGGGGGACGUGGUGAAUGGCAGGCCGCCGCUGACAAGAUGGCGGGCGGAGUGGAAGGAGGAGGCCGAGAAGUGGAUGAGCGAGCAGAAGGUUUGA